GCGAGCGAGCCGCGCAUGCGCAGUCGGGACACCCAAUGUGGCGUCGGCUGUGGCGGCUCCUUCUUCUCUGAGGGAAGGAAAAAAGCGGCAAGGAUGGCGUUCACGCUGUACGCCUUGCUGCAGGCCGCGCUCCUGUUCGUGAACGCCAUCGCCGUGCUGCACGAGGAGCGCUUCCUCCGGAGAAUUGGCUGGGGAGCAGACCAAGGAAUUGGAGGAUUUGGAGAAGAUCCAGGAAUUAAAGGACAAUUAAUGAACCUUAUCCGAUCUGUACGAACAGUUAUGAGAGUUCCAUUAAUUGGUGUAAACACAGUUACAAUAGUAUUGCUUUUGUUGUUUGGCUGAAGAUGAACUCUUUCCAAAGAAGCUGCAUAGUAUUUCGAACAAAUGGACUCCUGGCUGGUUUGCGCAUUGGGAUUCAAACUGGCUUGGCUAUCACAGCCACCCUUUUGCCUCAAUAAAGACCUUGUUUCUAUUUAUUGUAUCCCUUAACAUUCACUUGUGUUUCAUUGUGCCAGAGAACUGAAUCAAGGCAAGAGUGAUGUGUACAUAUGCCGAAUUUGAACAGAUUUCCUCACUUAAUAGCAUCAAGUGCUAUCUGUCGUAACAUAUAGUAAUACUGGUAAUUACUUAAAGUACUGUUCCUCAGGGCUAAAUUUCCUAUCAGUACACUUGAGGGCUUUCCAAGUUCAAUUUUGUUCAGGUAAUAAUGAUUACCUUAAUUUAUAGAUAAAUGCUGUACAUUUUUGGGGACCAGAGAAGGCAAAUCUACUCUAUGCGCUUAAUAUCAGAGAAUGGAAAUUUUGGUUUUUUAAAAUACUUUGGUAGUAAAACAAGUAGUAUGACAUUAAGAUUUCUACACGCCACUGAACUUUUAAGCUUAAUGCUUAUUUUCAAAAACUAUAUGUUGUGACUUCUACAUAGCUAGAUCUAGAUCAGUGGUUCCCAAGUUUUAGGCCUCCAGCCGUUUUGAACUUCAGGGAGUUGAACAUCUGGAAGAGUAACGUUUGGGAAAUGCUGAUCUCAAAUUAUUAGAUCCGAUGAUAGAAACGCCACUCCAAAAAUCUUGCUUCAAAAAUGUUUUUACAAUGUUUUUAUAUUUUUUUCUUUAUCAUAAUUUGUAAGUGCAAAAUAUGUGUAUCGAGCAGUUUGCAUGCAAUGAACUAUGCAACCAGUAAUCUGCUUGAAUAAAUUCAAAAAUGACAGGGGGAAUAUUGCAAUUUGGAAAAAGAUAGCUACAUUUCAUUCUUCUGAACAGUAAGAACAGCUUGAACCUAUUGAAGAUUUUAUCCAAUGUGUAUGUGAAAAUUAAAUUCACUGUCAGUUGAAAUCACCACUUGUUGGAUUGUGUCCUGCGCAGUACAAAUUUAAGACUGUCCAUUGGGGCUUCCUUUCUCUUUUCCUUAAGUGGAAUAUAAACCUACAGAAACUGAACUGUGAACAAAUUCUGGACUUGUGGAAGAUGGAUUAACAAGGCAGUGAAUCUGAUAACUAAGAAGAGAUAUUCCUUUCACAGCACAAUCCUGUACAAAUUUACCAAAUACCACUCUUCAGCGCAUUGCAGAUUUCAAAAUGUAUUGCUGAUAAGUUGUGUUUCUAGUAGUCCAAGAUAUGUUAUAUUGCAGUUUUCCAUAAAAUUAUUUUCUCUGUUUUCCUCUCUGAA